AUGGAGCGCAGGAUGGCGGAGUCAUGGGUGAAACUUGCGUUUCAGCAGCCCCAGUACGACGUCGGCGGCGGCGGCGAUUGGCAAGUAACGCACUCAUACUCCAACUACUUUCCAACAAUGAAAAUUAACGCGAAUGGCAGGCAGUCACGGUCCAGGUGGGGACCGACUCAGCCGGAAAGGCUCUAUCAACCGUCGAUUUGCACCCUGGGAGAUUAUAUGGAUCAACCGUCAACGCAUAAAAGUUAUGCGGAGAUACCAUUACAUCCUCUACACCAUAUCUUGCCGAGCCAGCAGGGCUUUAUGUUGAGACUGUUCAUGUCGCUCUCUACGCUCUUCCGGAGACUCGGCCUGGAUAGUUUGCGCAGGUUUGACCGUGAACGUAACGCCUCGAGCAUGGAAAAUAUCCGAGACCGAAACAUCUUCAUCCUGGGACCAAGAUCCACGCCUCCCAAGUUCUUUCGUGGCAGUGUCUAUGCUUGCAUGUUCUCUGUCAACAUAAUCAUGUGGAUUAUCGGCGGACAUCUUCUACCAGUGGUCCAACCCCUGCUUGCGUCUGCUGUCGAGAGGUAA